GUCUUCCUUGUCAUAUGUUGUAAAGCCACUGCGAGCGUGAGCAACGUUUGAAGCUUUUGAAGGAUGAUGGAGUAACAGGGAGCGUUUUCUCCGAUUCGCAAACUAUAAACCUCUUGUUUUGUGGCUUCCUUUCCUACCGACAUUCUGUAGUGUAAUUUAUUGGGUCAGUUAGCCGGCACGUGUUCCCACCGUCUGCACGACGACGACGACGAAAACAAAGUUACGUUUUCUGAACGCGUGGUUCAGGCGUUGGUCAAAGGAGGUUCUCUGCACAGUGUCCCCAGAAGCCUGUGGUCUUGUUGCUUAGUCAUCUGCACAACUCUUGAUUGACGUGCGUCGUUCUGCAUUUUGCGCCAUUGAGCUGUUCAUUUCUACUUGUCGUAACCAACUCGGUACUUCUUAAGUGCAGCCGAAUUGUGGCGAAAUGGCCGCUAUCCUGCCUUCACGUUUUGCUGUUCUGAAAGUUGAAGGCGAUGAUCCAGAUGAUUCUAAGGCCACAAAGAAACCGCAGCCCGCCAAGAGUGGUUCAGUUGGGGAUCGCAACUCCGUAACGACCAAGCCGAAACCCAAGAAGAAGAAGAAGCCGGCGGAAAACCAGCAGGCCAAGGCGAAACUAGCCGCUCCGCAGGCAGGCAAACCACAGGAACGUGGUGACGACUGGGAGUCUUGGAAAAGGAGAGAUGAUCAGUUUGUCUCCGACGUCUAUGAACAAGAUCUCCAGCAAGCGCUGCUUCUGAGUCGGUUGGAUUAUGAAGAGAAGAAAGAGUUUUACGAAGCCCACCAGAAAGAAGCUACCGUGGCAAACCUGGCAGCUCCAGGCAGCCGUGGCAAUGCCAACAAGAACAAGAAGAAGAGCCCAGCUGCAAAGAAGGACAAGAAGACAACAACCAUGACUCUAGAAGAGUUCAACCAGCUGGGCGGAGGUUCAUCAUCUUCUGACCUGGUUGAACCAGAGAGUCGAGAGGCACCUGACACAAGAAACAGUGAGAAGAGGCCAUUGACACCACCAAAGGAGGCCAUCUUUGAACAGGUAGCAAGGGAUGCCAAAAAUAUUCUGUCACGAGAGCAAAGGAUGGAAGAACUCAGGAGCAAGCAGCCUUUCUUAGCAGAGCAAGCCAGAACGUUGCAGUUCCAGGACGAACUGGAGAAAAAGGACCUGCAGAUAGCUGCGCUUAAGAAGCAUAUUGAAGCCCUGGCUGCCGAGCUGAAGGUGGUGAAGCUUCGCAACAAGCAGCUGUGCAACAUCUUGGCCCAAGGCGAAAUGCAAGACAAGGCAGAGAUCCUGCGGGACUUCGAGGAAGUGACACAGGUCAAGGACGAACUGACUCAACAGGUUACCGAACUACAUGCUGCACUGGAACAAGAACGGUCAAAAGUGCGCUUGCUGCAGCAGGAUCUCAAGAAGGGUGGAAAGAAAGAACCACGGUAACAUUUGGUCCGGCCCCGUGUUUUUCCCUGUCUGCCUGCGAAGUGCAAGGACUGCACUGUAAAUGCAAGCACAAGACACUUGGCUAACGGGGCUUUGUCUGCUGAGAAACAUUGCAACUACUGCCAUUGCACAUCUGGCUGGCAUCUAGCAGGCUGGCUAGCUUCCUCUUAUGUACAUACAACAGGCAGGCCCGCGUGUUGCUUUUUUUUUUUUUUUUACAAGGACGUGUGAUGUGUUUGUCCGUUACUUCAGGGAACAAAUGAAGUGGCUGCACCAGUUAAUUUAAUUUGGAGAUGAUGUAGAACAUUGUUGAUUAAAGUCACAUUCUCUGUUA